ACUACUAAAUAAGUCCCCACUGCUACACAGACCUGAGAAAUGCUUCCGGAAUUACGUAAAAUACAUAUCCAGGCGUUGUUGUAAUAUCUGGAAUGCGUCAGCAAAACCUAGGCAAGAGGAAUGCGCCUCAUACAGUCGUGUUCCCCUAAUCCGAUUUUGCGAAUGCAUGCCAGAUCUUACAACCCCUGGAUAGGUAUUUUGCGGAUCAGAUUACACCUUCAGAGACUUUUGCCUCCCUGACAGAGUGACCUGCCCUCCCAAGCAAGGUGUGAGGACCCUCAUCCUUCCUGUCUCCACACAUUCCCAUUCUUCUUCUCCUCUGCUGCUGCACCUCUCAGGGCAGAAUGGACCAGUCUGUGCAGGAGCUGUUUCUGAACUUCACAGUAGUCUUGAUCACUGUGCUGCUCAUGUGGAUCCUAGUCAAGACCUACCAGGCCUGAACCACCAGGGGACAGAUACAGGGGGAGAGAGAUGAAGGGCUGAGAAAUGGUGGAACUGGGUGGUACAUUUCAAUCCAGUUACUGCAGUUGCAAACAAUCUUGAAAGCUUACUGGGCGACAGGUAGCCUAUUGGUUAGAGAAGUGGGCCAGCAGCCCGGGUUGCUGGCAUCAUCCUAGAUGCCAUUGCCUGCUGUUGUGUCCUUGAGCGAGGCACUUGACCCCCUACAAUUUCUCUGCGGCUGAUCCAUGCGUCUGACCUAUUGCUUCCAGUCCCUCGUCUGUGUUUGUCUCAGGGGUUUGGGGUGUGAGCAUAAAGAGACAUUUCCAUUAACGGACCACAUAGCGAAUGGACAAUAUAGCGAACGGACAAUAAAAUACAAUACAUCUUAUAUUAUCUUAACUCUGAAACAUAGCAGUUGCACAUGGUCCCUGAGAAAUGAAGUGAAUACAAGAAAUGGAAAGGUAUAGAUAUAGCUUCACUGCUUCAGCUGUUUGAUAAGAAAGACAUGCAGUUCCUCACUCCUGCCUCUUAGAGGGACUGUAGUGUUGGAGUUUAGUUGGCAAGCAUUCUGUUUACAUGCUCUACAAUAAAAAUAAAUGUUAUUGUA